CUUGUGUCUAUAAAGGCAAUGCCCCCUUGAUCUUACUUAUGUAAUCCUCAAAGCAAUGGAGCAAAAUGGUCAUAGUAAUGGUCACAGUAAUGGUCAUAGCAAUGGUCAUGCCCACAUUAUUACAACAAAAAGGUUAAUGAACAAAGUGGCAGUGGUAACCGGCGGAGCAAGAGGAAUAGGCGCUGCCACAGCGAAGUUAAUGGCGGAGAACGGGGCACAUGUCGUUAUUGCUGAUAUUUUGGAUGAUUUGGGCACAAGUCUUGCAAAUUCAAUUAACGGUCGUUUUGUGCAUUGUGAUGUAUCGAUAGAAUCUGAUGUAGAAGCGGCUGUUCAACUCGCUAUAACUUGGAAAGGGAGACUAGAUAUCAUGUACAAUAAUGCCGGAAUUGGAGAUGAAGGAGGAAGCAUUACAACUCUUGACAUGAAAAGGAUCUCAAAAGUAAUUGGAGUUAACAUGAAUGGGGUUAUACACGGGACCAAGCACGCUGCACGCGCUAUGAUCUCAGGCGGAAAAGGUGGUGCUAUCAUAAACUCGUCAAGCACAGCCGCCAUCAUGGGCGGCCUUGGAUCACACGCGUAUACAUUAACCAAAGAGGCAAUUCUUGGAUUAACAAGAAGCUCUUCAUGCGAGUUGGGCACAUAUGGGAUCCGUGUGAAUUGUGUGUUACCUCAUGCCGUGCUAUCACCAAUGCUAGUGGACGCGUAUCGUGGUUUUGUGAAGGAUAUAACGGCGGAAGAAGUGCAACAGAAAAUGGGCGAGAAUGCGAGUUUAUUAAAAGGGAGAUGUGGAUUGGUUGAAGAUGUUGCACAUGCUGUUUUGUUUUUGGCUAGCGAUGAAGCUGGAUUUAUAACGGGCCAUAAUCUUGUUAUCGACGGGGGAUUUACUUCUUCUUCGGUUAACAUGACUUUCAUUUAUCGUGAAAAAAAGACAGAAUCAGAUCAUCCUAGCUAGUUAAAAAACAUGACUAA